AUGAAAUUUUACCAAUUAUGAUUCCACCCCGAUACAUCCCUGAAAUUCCAAAAACAUCAUUUUUGAGUUUUUGAUGUUACGGCUGGCUUGUAGAUUGUAGCACGGGCCGCGACACAACGCAACCACGCCAAUCGGCAAACAAACUUCUUCACUUAAUUACGAUUCCCGAUCUAUUUACUACUUUCACUUUCACUCCCUUUUUCUAGUUCAGUCUUUUCAACAAACAUCUUCUUCCCUAUCUCUCCGAGGCUACCAUGUUCCGGAGGUCCAUUUUGGAAAUUUCAUCUCGACAAACGUUUAGAAGAAACCCCAGACAUUUUAUUAAUCAGAAGAUACCUUCUCAUCUAUCUUCACGAAAGGAAUUCUCAAAUGCAUCGAGACCAGCUGGUGCCUCAGCUCCCGGCUCUACGGGAAAGCCGCCUGAGUCUCAUGGUUCGCAAUCAAAGUUUUUAAUUGGAAGUGCUGCUGUAAGUGCUGCUCUUCUGGCAGCUUAUCAAUUUGGUUUCUUAGAUAAAUAUCUUGAGAAGGAGAAGCUUAGUGACCCUCAAGAAGCUCAGAUAGAUGAUGCCAUUGGAGAUUUGAAAAGUGGACAGCAUUCAAUAGAGGAGUUAGUUUCAACCAGUAAUGAAAAGUCUAACAAUGAAAAUCCUGCUGUAGAGCAUGCAGGGCAGAAGGUUGAUACCAGUCUUUCGCAGCCAGAAAUUGUAAUAGAAGAUUCAAGUGAUAAACCGAUUCCCGUGCAAGACAUUUCUGAUAUUGCUGAAGAUAGUAAUGCUGGUGCCAAAGAAAACCAGUUUCUUGAAUAUCCUCAAAGUAGUCUAACAUCGGAUGAUCCUAGUAAAGAGUCUGUGGUGCAACCUGAUGUGAUUGUUGGCAUAAAAAGCACAGAAACAGAUGUUUCCCUAAAACCGGAAGAGGAAAUCCAACAUAUAUCGACGUCUACUGAGAACAGUGCAUUUCUAAAUGAGAAUGGGAUAGAAAAUAUUCAACUGAAGCAACAUGAAGAAAUAGAGGAAAGAAGUGAGAAUGUAUUAGUUAAAGAUAUAGAACAGCCACCUACCCUCCUUGAGGAAUAUCACUUAAGGAAUAAGUCAGAACGAAGCCCAUCUAUUUAUUUACACGGUCAUGGCCUUACUGAGAACGGUCAUUUUCCUGAAGAAAAAGAGGCACUUAGUGGUGUAAUAGAGGACUUGAAAGAUGGUUAUGCCACGUCUAAGGAUGGAAAACUGGUUAUUGAAUUUGUACAAGCCAUCCAUGCUGCGGAGAAAAGGCAAGCUGCAAUAGAUGCACAUGCUUUUAAUGAAGAGAAGAAAGUAUUGAAGGAAAAAUAUGAAAAGAAGUUAAAAGAUGCAGCUGCCAGAGAACUUAUGCUUGCUGAAGAAUCUGCAAUGUUGGACAGGGAGCUAAAGAGAGAGAGGGCAAAAGCAUCUCUUGCUAUCAGGUCACUUCAAGAAAAGAUGGACGAUAAACUAAAGAUAGAACUUGAACAAAAGAGUAUCGAAGCAGAAUUAAAGUUGAAGACAGUUCAGGAGUUAGCACAGGCAGAGUUAAAUGCAGCCAUAGCAAAUGAGAAGGCAUCCCAACUUGAAAAAAUGUCUGAAGCAAAUAUUAAUAUAAAUGCCCUGUGCAUGGCAUUUUAUGCUCGAUCUGAAGAAGCUCGUCAAAGUCAUGCUGCACAAAAUUUUGCUUUGAGAGCACUUGCACUCGAAGAUGCAUUGUCAAAUGGAUUGCCAAUUCAGACGGAAAUAGAAUCUGUGCAGUCUUAUCUUGAAGGCAUAGAUAAAGAUUCAGUUCUGGAUUUGGUGCUAGCGUCCCUUCCUGAAGAGACAAGAAACAAAGGCACUGACACACAACUUCAAUUAAAGCAGAAGUUUGAUUUCUUAAAAGGGAAUAUACGACACUUCGCGUUCUUCCCACCAGGAGGGGGAGGUAUAUUGGCACAUUCUUUGGCACGUGUAGCAUCCUUGUUGAAGGUUCGGGAAGCUGACCAAUCAGGUGAUGGGAUUGAAUCUGUGAUUAACAAAGUUGAGAGUUACUUAGCUGAAGGAAAACUGGCUGAAGCAGCAGAUUGUCUAGAAGAAAGUGUCAGGGACACCCAAGCUGAAGAAAUUGUUGCAGGUUGGGUGAAGCAAGCAAGAAACAGAGCUAUUUCGGAGCAGGCUGUAGUUUUUCUUCAAUCCUAUGCCAAUUCCAUUAGCCUUACAUAAUCAUCAAAUUUUGAAUAUUUACAAGACCCUGUUGAUUUAAUACUUAAAGUUGCAGAGAUUAUUUGGUUCCACCUAGGAUGCCAAUGGGAUUUGCCUUGACCCACAAGCAUAAAAGUUAGCCUUUUACUUUCAUACCAGCUGAAAUUUGUUGAUUCUGUGAUAUCUAUGUAACUCCACUGGCUUUGGGGUUUGGACCAAAGCGAUAUUAUUAGGCUCUGUAUAUUUUUCUCCCUUACAAAUGAUUACAAUGUUGAAUUGCUUAGAAUGAAAAUUUCAAUAAUACAGGCGACUCGGACAAGGUUGGACCUCAAA